AUGAAUAGAAGUCAGCAAUUUUUUUUUUGUUCGCAAUGUAUUCGACAUCAUUUGGCGACCAUGUUUUGAAAACACUUUUUUUAUUUAAUAAAUAAAAUGAAUAGAAAGAAAAUAAAAAAUGAGUAAACUUUGCUACAGUUCCAGUGCAACACAUGAGCAAAUGGUAAAACAAAAAGUGUUAAAAAUCAGUCUUAAUUCAACUGGCGCGUGUUAAUUUAACACUGUUGGACAACGGCUCUAGAACAGUCACUACAGCCUAUUUCAAGCAUCUUAAUUGUCAAUCGUAGUAUUCAAAUAUUUGCAAAGUUAGAAAUUCGUGCAUAACAUUUCAACUUUUCGUCAAGUGCACUUAAACUUUGACUUUGUGCAGAAAUCAGUUGUGUGUUUAUCUGAAGUAAAAUCGUGUUACGAUAACGAUGAGCAGACGACAGUUCAUCAUUUGUUUGGUUGCAGUGUUUUUGGUCUCAGCGACUGCAUUGAGUACACGGAAGCCAUGUCGAAAGCUACAGGCUGAAUACGGUUACGUGUGUGUUUGUGAUGAUAAUUAUUGUGACACGCUCGACGUUCCUGAGCCAAAUGCAAAAGAAUACAUUCUGGUCACGUCUUCGGAAUCGGGUGAUCGAUUCAGCUACAAAAAAGGCAAACUAAUCAAGCCGAAAAAUGUGUCAAAAGUGUACUUAGAAAUCGACCCAUCGGAUGAGUAUCAGGAAAUAAAGGGAUUUGGAGGUGGCUACACAGGUGCUGUUACUUAUUUAGUAGAUAAAAUAUCAGCGAAUUUGCGAAACUGUCUUUACAACAGUUAUUUUUCGCAAUCUUCUGGCAUGGCCUACACACGAUUGCGCAUUUCGAUCGGUGGAACAGACUUCGAUAUUUCACCGUGGGCAUACAACGAAUAUCCGCAAAAUGAUACCAAAUUAUCGAAUUUCACGAAACUGGACGAAAGAGAUUUGAUGCGUAAUCGGCAGCUAAAAGAACUGGCCCAAAUAUCGGGAAAUAAAAAAGUGAAAUAUUUAGCGGCAGCAUGGAGUCCACCGAUAUGGAUGAAAGCGAAUAAGAAAUGGUACGGCCUUGCAAAUAAUCAAAUAUUUCCGGAAUACUAUCAAACUUGGGCCAAUUACCAUGUGCGAUGGUUGGAAUUGAUGCAAAAUGACGGCAUGAACAUCGGUGCGAUCUCAACUGGAAACGAGCCCAUCGUAGGGAAGCAGAAUUUUCUAUUCGAAGAAACGAUGUGGAAUAUAACCAAGCAUGCCAAGUGGAUUGCGGAAAAUCUCGGUCCAACAAUACGAAAUUCAAAAUUUUCGGACAUUGAAAUCCAUGGAUUCGAUGAUAGUCGAAAAUUUGUCAAUGACUGGGUGGAUGAGAUGCAAAAAGUGAAUCCGGAUGCAUUCGAUUAUCUGUCAGCGAUUCAGUUCCACGGCUAUACGGACAAUUCGACCAACCCCGAAAUUCUCGAUGAGAUUCAGAGUAAAUUUAGCGACAAAGAUAUUUGGUAUACAGAAAUGUGUUUCGGUGUGAAGGUUGCAAAUCCGCCAAUAGGUGGACCACGACUUGGAAUGUGGAGCAGAGCCGAAGAGCUAAUCAAAAUUAUGUUUGAAAACUUUUUACAUUCAACUAAUGGAUGGUAUGACUGGAAUCUCAUCGUAGAUGAAGAUGGUGGGCCAAAUAAUGCCCUUGGUGGAUUGGGUGUUACAGAUGCGCCCAUCAUUCUAAAUAAGAAUUUGACUGUUAUGUACAAGCAACCGAUGUUCUAUGUGCUUGCACACUUCUCCAAGUUCAUUACACCCGGUUCAGUUCGCAUUGAUGCACGAUUAGAGGGUGCUGACCAAUCGGUAGUGCAAUAUCUUGCUUUCAAACGACCAGAUAAAAAAAUUGCCGUUUUUCUGUACAAUAAUAGUACGCAACAAGCCGUUGACUUGAAUAUUUUGGAUAAUCCAAAAAAAGGAAUCGAAAUCACUCUGAACCCAAAGUCACUCAACACAUUAAUUUAUUCAAACGGUAACGUUGAUACAACCACUUCGGCCAAACAAUCAGGUGCGACGAACAUUUUCAUCAUACCGAGCAUUUGGUCUUAA